AUGGAUCCUGAGCAACCGCCCACGUCCGGCUCAGCGCAGAUUGUGCCCGUCUCAGCUUUCCCCCGUGUAGGGUAUUUUCAUGCUUUCCGCAUCGCUGCAUUGCCCUUUCCAGAGAAGCCAGCUGCGCGGCAUGCGUGGCGGAGUCAGCCAGCAGGUUUGCAGACUCCCAUGUCGGAGGAUCCAGGAACGCCCGAUAUCGGUACUGCCGGGCAGCAGCCCCGGGUGCAGCGGCCAGGCAGGGCACGUAAACGCAAUCUUGAUGAGGGAAGCGGCGACGCUGAGGGCAGUGCACCGAGCGGGCCCGGCGGGGGUGAAUUCGUUUCGGAGGGUGCUGGGGCAGGGGGCGACAACGCGGGAGCUGAGGCGACUGAGCGGCCUAAGAAACGGAGAGCUGUGCUGGACCCCGUCCCGGAAGUGCCGGAGGAUGAUGGGCAACAAGAGGUGCCGCGGGCUCCGAUGGCACACGAGGAUGAUGACCUGUCCGGCUUCACGGCACGCGCGGUGGGGCUUGCGGGCCAGAUUGCCAAGAUCCGUGUGGAGAAUUUCAUGUGCCACAAACAUUUUGAGAUGGAGUUCGGGCCGCACGUGACAUUGGUCAGCGGCCAGAAUGGCAGCGGUAAGAGCGCUGUUGUGCAGGCACUGCAGGUCUGCCUUGGCGUCAGCGCCCGCAAUACGGGCCGGGGAACUGCUAUUGCCGAACUCAUUAACGCAAAGGCACACGACGCGAAGGUCCACGUGACUUUGUGGAACACCGGCGACGACGCAUUCAUGCCGUCUCUUUUCGGCGAUCGCGUCACAAUCGAGAGGCACUUGAAGCGCGUGGGCGCUUCGACAUACGCGCUCCUGGAUUCGCGUGGUCGGAAGGUCACCCUGGAUCGCGGGGAGAAGGUCAAGGACGUGUUGGACCGGAUGCUGGAGCACUUUACGGUGGACGCAAACAACGCGCUUACGAUCAUCACCCAAGACAAGUCCCGAAGCCUCCUUUCGGACAAGUCCAACGCCAAGGACAAGUAUGAGAUGUUCAUGGCUGGUACGCUGCUCGACAGGGACGACCUGAAAGUGGCGAAUGCCCAGGUAGCUGCGAUGAUGAAGAACCUCGGGGAAACCGCUGCCCGGUACAACGCAGAGAAGCAGGAGGAGAACCAGCUCAGCAGCAAGGUCCAGAAGCUGCGCAGCGCCGACAAGUUCCUCGAGGACCGGGAAAUGUUGGAGCGAGCCAUCGUCUGGCGGGCGGUUGAGCAGACGGAGGAGCGGGUUGCAGCAGCUAAAACAGCAGCAGAUGCUCGGGGACCGGAGUUGGUGUCGAUCUACGAGCGUCACAUCGAGGCGAUGGCACGCGCCAAGAGCGAGAUGCAGAACCGCCAGCAGGAGCUGGCAAAUGAGCUGGGGCGGCACACCGAGGCCAUGGAAAACCACGACGCGCACAUCCAUGCCCUUAUCAGGGCUGAGAAGGACUCGCGAGUCAACGCGGACCGAGCCAGGCGCAGCAAGCUGUCUGCACAACGCACUUUGGAGACGCUCGUAAACGACAAGAGUGCACUUGAUGAGCAGCUGGCCAAGGACACCAACGGGAAGGCAGCAGAAGCGCGUCGCCUCGUGGAGGAGCACCAAAUGCAGGUUACCGCAAAGCAGGCGGCGCUGCACGAGGCAAACGAGGCUCUCACCGCUGCACGCCAAUCACUCGAGGCUGCGCGGGCAGAGGCGGAGAAGCUAAUUCAUGAAGAGGCGGCCGCUCGCGACAACGUCAACGGUACGGCACGCAAGGUCACUGACUUGCAAAAGGCGCUGCGGGAGCUGGGCGCUGGGCAGGACAACCGGCUGGGCAUGUUCAAAGCGGUGGCCCUGAACGAUAUGAUCAACCAGAACGUGCGCCGCUUUCGGCAGCGGCCCAUCGGCCCCAUCGGCGCGCUGCUCACCGUCACCGACCAGAAAUGGUUGCUGGCCACUGAGGUGGCAUUGGGGAACGCCUUCCGCGACUACCUGGUCUGCUGCUCCGAGGAUGCAAUUCUGCUUCGCGAGUUGAUGAAACGUGUGGACUACAAGGGCGCCUCCGUCGUUGCGAUGCCAUUCAACGCGCCGAUGCACAACAUCCCCCCAUCACGGCGCCCCGUCAACGGCUUUGUGCCGCUGCUGGACGUCCUCAUCGUCCACGAUGCUGCCGCACGCGUCCCCGUCAUGAACUAUCUUGUUGACAAGUUCCGCAUCGAGUCUGCAGCUCUAGUGAACGGCCAUCAGGAAGGAGAAUCUGUCAACCACGGUUGCGCUGCAGGCCAGCACAUCGUUUCAGCUUUUGACGCCGACGGCAAUUGGUACCGCAGGAACGGCGACUUCAGAUGGAUCGACCGAAACAGAGGCGUGACGUUGCGCCAGUGCCGUCUGGUGGCCGACGUGUCGCAGUACAAGGCCGCACUGGAACGUGACUUGGAGCAGACGGAGGCGCAACUGGGUGCACAUCAAGAAGACCUCACCCGCCUCAGAAACCUGCUGCGGGAGGCGCGGGCGUGGGAGGCAAAGUGCCUGGCAGAGGAUAAGUCAGCGAACGCCCUGAAGGCACGCGCCAAUACAGAGCUGCGCCGGCUCAUAGCACAAGCCCCGGAGAUGCCCAGGUUCGAGGAUGACGAGGAGGCUGGCACCGUGCUGACGCAGCUUGCGUCCAUUCAGCAGGAGCUCGUGGGCUCGCAGCUUCAGCUGCAGACUGCGGAUGAAGCGCUGGCUCUAGCUGAGCAGGCGCUCCAGCAGGCUCGAGAGGAGAAGGAGCGCCAUCUUCAGCGAAUGGAGGAUGGCAAGCGGUUGCGUCAUCAGCUGGAUGAAGUGGCGGACAAACUGAAAGAAAUUGAAGCUAAGCGCAGCACUGCAGAGGAAAGCCGCUCCCAGGUCUGCUCCCAACUUGGAAAGUUGCGCGAGCGUGUGGUGGUGGCCGAGGAACGACUGCAGCGAGCGCUUCAGGCGGCCGACCAGGUCUGCAGCCGCGCGGAGGGCCAGCAAGCGAUUCGGCUGGUGCGCGAGUCCAUCACUGCCGCGGUGGAAAAGAAGCUCACCAGCAAGCAGCAACGUGAUCGGCAGCUGGCAAACAUGGCCCCGGAGGAACUGCAGAGGAUGCUGAAACGGACAGUGGAGGCAUCUAUGGACUACGCGACGCUGGAGAAGCAACUGGCCACUGUGAACGCCAACAUCGCCAAGGCGGCGGCUGAGGCUGGGUCAAGCGACCUGCAGGAGCUGGAGAUCAGGCUUGCGGCCCAGAGUAAGACGGUAGCGACACGGUAUCGUGCAUACAAGCGCAUGGAGGAGAUGGUGCAGCGCUUCCAGACGAGCUACGCCAACCAGAUGCAGUCCUUCGAGCGGCUACGCACAAGCCUGAUGGACAUCACGCAGGCCAAGUUCGCCAAGUACCUGCGCCGCCGUGACCACGACGGCAGAUUAGAGUUCAACCACGCAGAGCGCACCCUGAAGUUGCUGAUCAAGCCCAAGGGCAAGAACAACCGGGAGGCGCAGGCGGUCGAGGACCUAAAGCAGCUGUCAGGUGGCGAGCGGUCCUUUACGACUGUUGCGCUCCUGCUGGCGAUUGGCGAGAACACGGAAAGUCCCUUCCGCUGCAAUGACGAGUUUGACGUGUAUAUGGAUGACAUCAACCGCCGCGUCGCUACAGAGACGCUCCUGGAGUUCGCCAUGGAGCACCCGACGUUCCAGUAUAUCUUUCUGACGCCGCAGGACAUUCACAUGGUGGAAGAUGCCCGACAAAACAUCGUAAAGCGCCGCCAAAUCCAACUGCCUGCCACGUUUCUCCGUACGGUGAAGAUGCAUCCGCCCCGCGAGGGCGCCACACAAGCGUGA